AUGUGUGGCUGCAUGCACAGUACCCAGGACCAAGCACACCACUUGGAAGGGGAGCCCAAUCCUUCAGCAGCCCCAACAUCUACUUUAGCACCUAGAAAAAUGCUCAAAAGCAUUUCAAUAUCCAAACAACUGGCUUCAAUAAAAGCUCUAAGGAAGGGCUCAGAUCUGGAAAAAGCCAUCACCACUACUGCUCUGAUUUUCAGAAAUUCUUCUGACCCUGAUGGUAAACUUGAAAAAGCUACUGUCAAAAAUCUGCUGCAAACUCAAUUUAAGAAUUUCACAGAGGGACAAGAAACCAAACCAAAAUACAAAGACCUCCUUUCCGAACUUGAUGAGCAUACAGAAAAUAAGCUUGAUUUUGAGGAUUUCAUGAUCUUACUGUUAAGCAUCACUGUAACAUCAGAUUUUCUCCAAAAUAUAUGGAAUGCAAAAAAUAUGAAAUAA